AUGAAGACAGAGGUGACCUGCUAUGUCAUUGAUGCCGAGCCAUCCUACAACGUGCUCUUAGGACGUCCGUGGAUCCAUAGCAACCGAAUAGUCUCGUCCACGUUACACCAAUGCUUGAAGUAUGUGGAUGAUUAUGAGCAAGUGAAAACGGUAGUGGCCGAUAAUCAACCCUUCAAGGGCGUCGAGAACUACUUCAUGGACUCUCUGCUGUACCAAGACCCCGACGAGCCACCGGUCGAGGAACUGGAGAGCGGCAACGAGGCGGAUAGCGAGCCCGAGUACGGCGACAACCUAGUCUUGAACGACUUCGAAUCAUUUGUAAUCGGUUACGAAAGUCACAAUGUAACCAACGCUGUUCAGGCGGAGGAGAUUACCGUGAAUGAGAAGUUCAACUUUGCUUAUUUGUCGUCUUGCUCAACAUCCGAGGAUGAUGCACCUAAUAACCUAGUGUCGAAACUCUAUAACGAGCGCUCCCUGCACUUUCCUAAGGCCGCGGCGGCGGCGGCGGAGGAGACGGUGCAGACCGAGGAGGUGACGGUUGUUGAGACGAAAGAGGAGGUUAAGGUUGAAGAGGUCAAGAUUGAGGAGACUGUCGAGGAUAAGAAACCCUCGAUCGAGGAAUCGGAUGUAAAUGGCUCUGUUGAUGAUCAAGAUGUAGAGGAGGAGCCAUUUGAAGAAGAAGAAGAAGAAGAAGAAAGUAGAGGUGAACGGUUAGAACUUGAGGAUGAACCAGAGUAUGAAGCUGAAGAGGAAACUGCAGUAGACUAUGAUGAGCGAGAUGUGGAACAUGCCGAGCAGGAGUUGGAGGGUGAGGAAGCUGAGGAAGACGGUGAAGAGGAGAAUGUGGUUGAAGGGGAAGAACCCGAGUUGGUAGAUGAAGGACUGGAGGAUGGCAGGGAGGAUGCUGAGGGUGAAGAGUAUGCGGAAGGUGAAGACGAGGGACAUGAGGUUGAUGGUGAGGAUGAAGAACACCAUGAAGUUGUUAAGGAACACCGCAAAAGAAAGGAAUUUGAAGUAUUUGUUGGGGGUUUGGAUAAGGAUGCAACUGAAGAUGAUCUCAGGAAGGUAUUUAGUGCGGCUGGGGAAAUUACUGAAGUUAGGCUCAUGAUGAAUCCUCAUACAAAGAAAAACAAAGGCUUUGCUUUCUUGCGUUUUGCAACGGUUGAACAAGCAAAACGCGCUGCUUCAGAGCUCAAGGCUCCAGUGGUAAAUGGGAAACAGUGUGGAGUUUCUCCCAGUCAAGACAGUGACACAAUUUUUGUGGGCAACAUUUGCAAGACUUGGACCAAGGAACAUUUGAAGGAGAAAUUGAAGAAUUUUGGAAUUGAGAAUGUUGAGGACUUGACCCUGGUUGAAGAUGCAAACAAUGAAGGAAUGAAUCGUGGUUUUGCAUUCCUGGAAUUUUCUUCACGUUCUGAAGCAAUGGUAGCUUUCAGGCUCUUGCAGAAGAGGGACGUCUUCCUUGGAACUGAGCGAAAUGCAAAGGUUUCUUUUGCUGAUUCUUACAUUGAACCAGACGAUGAGAUCAUGGCUCAGGUCAAGACUGUUUUUAUUGAUGGUUUGCCUGCUGCAUGGGAUGAAGACCGUGUCAAGGCGUAUCUAAAGAAGUAUGGUGUAAUUGAGAAAAUUGAGCUAGCUAGGAAUAUGCCUUCUGCUAAGAGAAAGGACUUUGGGUUUGUAUCUUUUGACACCCAUGAUAAUGCUGUUGCAUGUGCUGAAGGCAUAAACAACAAGGAGCUGGGAGAAGAUCAUAAGGUAAAAGUAAGGGCUAGAUUGUCUAGACCUCAUCAGAAAGGUAGAGGCAAGCGUGGAAUUCGGGGAGAUUUUAGGAUGAGCCGAGGUCCUCCCAGAGUUGGUCAUAUCUCUUAUAGUCGUCCUCCACCUCCUCGUAGGUUCCUCGGACGAGGAACAAGACCUAUAACUUCUCGGGGUCCGCCAAUCAGUUUGCGAGGUCCACCAAUCAGUAUGCGGGGUCCACCAAUUGGUGCUCGCGGAUUUAAGCAUCCUGUUCCAUACCGCGAGAAGCGUCCUUUCAUGGCAGCGACUGAGAGGCCUAGGCGUUUACCUCCACCAGAGAGAUCCUAUGACAAGAGGCCGCCAGUUCCUGCUUACCCCAAAAGCAGCUCAAAGAGGGCGUACAGUAGGCGAGAUGAGCCUUCCCCACGAAAUAGAGCUGUCGCUGAAUAUGCACCUAGAGCGCCUGUUGAAAGGCGUUCAUCUUACAGGGAUGAGUACUCUGCUCGUGGAUCAGGUUACUCUGACAUACCUGCUCCUCGUAGUGCUCCCCGAGCUCUAGAUAGGAGAGCCUAUGCAGAAGAAGGUUAUGGCCGAAAACUUGAAAGGCCUGCUCCAAGUUACCGAGAAGGCCGUAGCAGCCGGGACUAUGAUUCAAUUUCAGGAUCCAAGCGCCCUUACUCAGAAUUGGAUGAUGUUCCUCCCCGGUAUGCUGAUGUGAGCAUGCGUCAGUCAAGAGCUCGAUUGGAAUAUGGUGCCGGUGGCAGCAGCUCUCAGUAUAGUGAUCCUUAUGGUGACAGGAUUGGACGCACUCAUAUGGGAUAUGGAAGCAGUCGUAGUUCUCUUUCUGGUCAGGAUGGGUUGUACAGUGGCCGUCAGGGUAUGGAUUACAGUGGAGGUUCAGUUAGCGGUAGUGAUGUCGGUGGAAUGUACUCGUCAAGCUAUAAUAGCAGCUAUCUUCCUCGUGGAUCUAAUGUUGGUGGUAGCUCAUAUUCCUCAAUGUAUUCGGGCCGUAGCUUGGGUGGUAGUGGAUAUUUGGGUGGCAGUGGCUCUGGUUACUACUGAGAAGGAGCAUGUCUUUUGCCACCUGUUAAUUAACCAUUUCUCAAAUGCUGCAUGGAUUUGGGGUGAUGAAAUAGUUAAGAUGGAUUAAAAGGCAGGGGUCUUGGGGGAAGCAUGGUUCUAAAUGUUUCCAACAAUUUGAUCCUUAUUUUACAUUUGGUGAAACUCUUGAGGGUUUUAUUGUUUAAGUGGUAACUACAGAUGGGGAUCUGACAUUUGGAAUUUGCACUAGUUGUCAUAUGUGGUUAUUUUGCAUUUUAACUUGAAUACAUAUUUCAAUUGGGGUUCGAAGGUGGAACAUGAAGUCUCACGAUAGAAACCUGAAGAGUUCAAUAAGGUUCUUGAUGGAAUCCAUUGGAGGAGGAACAGAAGUUUAUAUUUUCGUGACAUAUUAUCUCUGGUUAUGAGUAUGGUCUAAUUAUGUGUGUACCACAUCAUUCCCUAUCAGAAUAUUUUCUUGUAUUUCUCUAACAUUUGCCAUGAAAUGCAAGGAAACUCAUUAAUUUAGACUGAUUUUUUUUUGCCUAUUACAUUAUGAAAAUGCUGACAUCUUGGUGUUUGGAAUCCACAUGUCUGAAAUACUCCCUCCUCCCACAAGUAGUUGUGAAAUCAUUGUUGUAUAAAGACUCAGGAACCCUGCUAAACUCCUUUUGUGUAAAGUAUCUUGUCAGCACUUCACUUCUGCCCAAAUCCGCAUUAUACAUUUGACUCCUGCUAUGGCGCGUAGGGUUUGUACCCUUCAAUGUGCCUUUUAAUGGCAGGAGUGAAAUAAUGCUCUGUUUACGUAUUUUGUGCGCAUUCUGCUCAACUGAUCUGAAUUAGAGUCAGAUUUUAUAUCCUUGAAUUAUAUUCUCCAGUUUACUACUUUUACAUCUUAUUUAUAGUCUUAGUGUUAUGCAAUACUUGCAAUGAGCACAAAGGCCUUGUUGUAACAAAGAAUCUUUCUAGAAGUUCAUGAAAAUUUAUUUCUUAUUGUUCAAUAAUAUUUGUGUAUACCUGGGAUAUUUUUUGUCAAUUUUCCUAUUACUUUAUUAUGUCACUUUAUUAUUCUAUCAAUAUUGAUUGUUAUCUGCGAUCUAUAAAACUAAAGACCAUUGCUUAAUGAACUAUUGCUUAAUGAAGUCUAUUAACAUUAUGUUAUUAAAUUGUCAUCUUAUGGCUGAAGGAAUCUUUUGUUGACGAUGAUACUUGUAAUGUCUAGUUUAUUUCACCAGUAACAUGCAAGUGUGGCAUGGUAUUUGCCUUGAGCCAAGACAACAUCAGACAUUGAUUAAGGUGUAGUGACCUGAGCUUGAAACAUGAUAGAAUCCUUAUUGUAGAUGUGUUUAUUCAAGGAUAAGAGUUUUGAUAUAAAGUUGAAAAUAGAUGGCAAACACUUGUUCACAUGGUCAGAUAGGAAAUUCAUUGAUUCAGUUGACACUGCUUUAUUGCAUUACGUUAUGUACACAUCAAAAACUUUGACGCGAUACUUAGUAAUUAGCAUUUAUUUUCUAAAUUACAGAUGUUAAUUUUGUAGACUGUUAAUUGGUUUUACAAAAGCUCCAAUUCGUUAAUGCUAUUUCCACUAGAUUUUCAAUUAUGUUUAUGCUGUAGAAGUAUACCAUUUACAUUUACUAGUUAAAACUUAAAGCUGGAAAGCUGGUAAAUUCUCUGAUUCCUGUUUCUUUUUGUGUAUGUCGGGAGAUAAGCCUACUUUUGAUUAUAGUAGACCACUAGUGGGUUCAGAUUGGUUAUGCGAUAAUAGAAGUGAAAAUCAUUGAAUUUUAUUAAUCUGGCAAAUAGCAUUAACUCCCAAAUGUAGAAGUUAAAAUUUUAAUAGUGAUUGUUAUAAAUUAUAAAUUAUAUCUCAUACUCUUGCAAAGAGUUAUUAUAAAUUAUAUCCCAAAAAUGGAGGUUUAAAUUGCAAGAGUUAUUACCGUAGAUUAAAUAUCAUAUCCUUGCCCACAACACAUCAACAUGAGCACUGCACGAUAUGAUGCAUUUGCACAACAAAUUAGAAAAAUUGUAACUCAGAAGUGUGGUGCCCACUGUGCAUAUGCUUCACUCUCUCUAUAUAACCAAGGUCGAAUGUGCUGCCUUGUUUUGAGGAACACCCUUGAAUACCCUGUCUACACAUAAUCCCUCAAGCUGGAAAUAUUAUUGUGGUGGUUAGCUGUUGAUGCAUGCAUUUUCUUUCUUGUACUUUGCGCUUAAUAAAGCUUUUUUUGUUGGAAUUCCUAUUAUGGAUACAUGUUUAUAAGAUAUGUAAUCGGAUGUCAGUAUGGUCCGAGUUACCUUGAAAGCUAGAGAUUUGAAUUUGUUUUGGGUAAAUUUUUUUCACGGGUAACAUGACCAUUUGUUUUUUUCCCGUGUUUCGGUUUUGCUGCCAUCUUAGAUGUGAUUAUUCCUCCGCAAGGUGUUCUUAAAACUUUGUACAAAACUAGUAUAUAUUAGCUGCCUGCCAUACCAAAUUUUUUUAUAGAAGAUUACCUGUUACAAUUCAAUCCUUUUGCAUAAUUUCCACCUGAUGAUUGGAUUCAAGUAUGGUACCUUGUGUCAUUUUGCCUGCUGUUUGGUUCUGGUGGCUCCCCUGUGUUGGAAAAGUACUGCUGCUAUUUGGUUUCUGGCAUCUCCCCUGCAUUUGUAAAUCAUGGCGACCGACCAAUGUUUUUCGGCGCUCAAAUAUUUUGAGGCCAGCAAAAGUACUCCCUCGAUUCGAAGACAUUGAAGGUAAGGGUAGUUUUAUACAUCUCCUUCGCCAACAUUAUCGAGAGGGCAUGCAAAGCAACCGUCAACAUCCAGUCUUUUGUUUAUAUUUCACUUGUUGUCUCUCUCUUUUACCGAAGGUCUGGUAACGGUGCUUGCUUGUGUAUCUGGAGAUGUGAACAAAAUAAUUUAUUUUCAGCUCGCGAAAGUCGUCUUGAAUGUUACUAGUUGUU